AUGACUGUGUCCCAAGACUCGCUGGCUGCGGUUCUACCACGGAAUGCGCCACCCUGGUAUCGCCAAAAGCGCCUGCUUCGCCUGAACCUAAUCAUUAUAUCAUUGGUGAUGUACUCAUCAGCCAACGGGUACGACGGAUCCCUGAUGAACGGCCUGCAAGCUCUCGAUCAAUGGAAGAGUUUCAUGGAUAACCCCGAAGGCGCUCGGCUCGGAUGGAUCAACGCCAUCUACCUGCUCGGAUGUGGUGUUGGGUACAUAUGUGCCUCAUGGAUUGCAGGCCGGUAUGGUCGGAAGCCCGGUGUCUAUUUCGGCUUCUGCUUCCUUACCCUAGGGGUAACCGCUGCGCUAUUCGGCAACGGCGUUCCGCUGCUCAUCAACGAGAUCGCGUAUCCGACACACCGAGGAUUCUUCAAUGCUCUUUUCAUGUCCGGCUGGUAUAUCGGCGGAGCGGUUGCGGCGUGGGUGGUUUUCGCUUCGCGGACAUACGGAUCUUCUUGGGCCUGGCGGCUACCUUCUCUUCUUCAGUGCUUGGUGCCUUUAGUGGGCCUCCCUGGGUUUAUCCUUGCACCUGAGAGUCCUCGCUGGCUCAUUUCGGUUGGGCGGGAGGAAGACGCACGGGAUAUCCUUGUGCAUUUCCACGCCGAUGGAGAUGAAUCAUCACUUUUGGUCAACUAUGAGCUUCGGGAAAUGAAAUACGCUAUCUGGGCUGAGAGCCGCGAUAAAGAGAGCAAUACUGGCAGUUAUGCGGAGAUGCUCCGGACUCGAGGGAAUCGGUGGCGCUUGAUGAUAUCAAUUAGUCUUGGCUUCUUCGCGCAGUGGGUCGGAAACAGUGUUAUCUCGUACUACCUCGCGCUGAUUCUGGACUCUGUGGGCGUGACGAAUGUGCGGGACCAGACGCUCAUCUCUGCCUGCUUGCAAAUGUGGGAUCUGAUCUUCGCUGGGCUUGGUGCGUUUCUGACUGAGCGAGUUGGACGACGGCCGCUCUUCAUGAGCUCGGCUGUAAUUAUGUUCAUCAGUUAUGUACUGGUCACUGGUCUUUCCGGCUCAUUCGCUUCAAACUCCGAUGCGACGACCGGAGCGGCUGUGAUUCCAUUCUUGUUUAUAUUCUUCGCGGGAUACGGUAUUGCCCUAACGCCUUUCCUCACCUCCUACCCUUGCGAGAUUUGGCCCUUCCACCUCCGAUCGCGCGGUCUCACCGUGACUUGGGUUGCGACACUUACUGCCAUGUUCUUCAAUACAUUUGUGAACCCGAUCGCGUUGGCUGCCAUUGGGUGGAAGUACUACUUCGUCUUUCUUGGCGUGUUGAUUACCUUUGGCAUUACCGCUUACUUCUUUUAUCCGGAGACUAGAGGAUACACGUUGGAGCAGAUUGCAGUCAUAUUUGAUGGUAGCGAUGUCCGUGAUAGUGACGGUCUUGGGAGCAGUCAGGUUCAUGUUGAAACUGCUGCUAGCGAGAAAACUAAUGCGGAUAAGAACUUGACCGAAACUGUC